CAGUCUAUGGUUCGGAUUUAACCUAUUAUCUUGUGUAUGCCUAUUAUGAUAUGAAUUUUGUUUUGUUUUUAAAAUGAUAAAAUCGAAAAAUAUUAUGUCCUCCAGUUUCAUAUGAGUUUCAUCAUUUAAAAUAAAUAUCAUUAUAAUGGAUAUUGAUGUUGACACUUUAGAUUUAAAUAACGAUCCUAUAAAGGCAUUUAUUAACUUCAAAUUAGAAGAAAUAAGAGCCCGUAAUAACGAACUCUCAAACCAACUACAAAAAAAGAAAAAAAUGUUAGAUAAGUAUGUAAACCAAACGCAUUUCGAUAAAAGCACGACCUAUAAGUUUAAAGAAAAAUGGAAAAAAAUUAUAGGAAACUAUAUUGUUGUAGGCUUCAGUAGCAAACAAACUCUUGAAGUUACUGAAGAUAUAAAAGUAAUUAUACAAUGGGAUGAAGAAAAACCUAUAAAUUAUACUGUUAAAACGUUUACCUAUUAUGUACCAAGCAUCCCAGAAUCAAAAUUAAUAUCCAAAGAAAUUGAAAAUGUUAUAAAAGUACUUAAGAGUGGUACAAGUAAAAAUGGGACUAGUUUAAGUUCUGAGUGGAUUGAAUCCACUACAAAUUUUAGUGAAAUUACUGCUGUAAUUAAUAUUCCUGACUUUUCUUCAAAGCAAAAUUAUAAUUUUGAGGGCAUAGUAGUAAUGAAAACAAAUGACAAUGAAAUUCAGAUAGCUCUCCCUAGUUUCCAAAUAACUGUAGGUGAUUUAUAUAAUGCAGAUAUACUUAUUUCAGAGAAUGAUAUACUAGAGUAUAAGAAAGAGUCUGUUCUGUCUUUCUUAAGUUUAAAUCCUAAAGUAGAACUUAUUCUGUACAUUGAAGAGACAAAUACAAACAGAAAUUUAAAAGAAAUAUUACUUGGAUGUAUGAGAAAAGUUACAUGUUCUGAUAACUUAUACAUACCUAGGAAUAUCUGUAACUCAUCACUUGGACCAAUUGUUAAAAUCCAUGAGAUAAUUGAGGAAGGAGUUUAUCUAAUUCAUGUAUUUUAUGGGGUGCAGACGAGCGUGGAAAUUCUUAUACAUUUCCUUUUUCUAAACAUUCCAUUCUUGACCGUUAUUCCAAAGACAAUUGACUUCGAGCUUUUUAAACAAUUUGGUGAUGGCCUUAAACUUUUGCUGAGUAAACCUGUUCAUAAAAUAUUAUUGCAAAAACUUGGUAAAUGUUUGGAAUUAGAAAUGGAAUUACUUGAAACCGUUUUGUUGGGAAAUAUAACAGGACGGGAACUUGAACAUAAAACAGAAGGAAGAAAUAGUAAUGUUGAAGAUAUAAUUAAUUUUUCAAUGAAUAAAGAGGACUAUUUUAAACUAAGAAGACAACUUCUUCCAUUAGAGAAUCAUUCAACCAUUAUUUAUAGAAUUAUCAAUAAUAAAAUUAAUUCAAGCAAAAAUAAAUAAAAGUUAAUCAAACUUAAAA